UGACAGGAAGUAGAAUCUUAGGUAGAUCUCUAAACAAUCGACCUUCACUGCUCCCGCUCUGAAUGGGUUAUCCACAUACAUUUUAAUCAGUUGAUUUAUACAGACCUUCCAAGAGGCAAAAGCACGCAGACCGUCAAGCGGUUCCUUCUGCCAAAAUGGCGCUAUGUUUACCUCUCUGCAGACUCGAUCGUUAUACCUUCGUGGCUGCAUUAUUUGGAGGACUUUCAGAAUAACCCUUUCACCCCAGCGACACGGAUCCACAAAAUAUUGAUUUGUGGUACUAAAGCUGAGCAGCUGAGGGAAGGAUGCAGGCGGAAGCUUCAGACACCUCCCUCAGAGAGGGCAUCCAGGCUUUGGAGGUGGAGGAUUCAGAAAAAUCCUCUGCAGACAUGAAAGAUGAGACCAUCACGGAACAACAGAACAGUGAGACUGUAGCAGAUGAGGACGCAGCAGCCCACGAGGAAGCAGUUGAAAAAGUAGAUGGAACAGAAGAAGAGGCUCAGACUGAUCCCGCUAAAGCCGACACAGGGGUGGAUGCUGAGGAGGGGAAGCAGGCUGCAGAAGAGGAGUGGGAGAUUCCAUAUAGCGAUGAGGAAAUGGAGGAUGCCAAAAGCUGGAUGCCGCCUCCUUUGGAAAUUAAAAGACUCUACGAGCUCCUGGCUAAAGGGGAGAUGCUGGAACUGAACUUUGUGCCCCUCCCUAGAAGGCCUCCCACACCUGAACGCUCCCUUUCACCUGAAAGAGACGAUGAGGAUGAGGCGGUGAAGGAAAGAGAGAGGCAAGAACGAGAGCGCAAGCCUCCAACUCCAACUGAGUUCGACUUCGAUGAAGAGCACAUGCAGUCAACGCCGAAAAGCGCCUUCAUCAAUCGGCGGCGAACACCAGGAUCCUCCGGCCGUUCAACGGUGAAAAGAGAAGCCCGCCUGGACAAAGUGUUGUCCGACAUGAAGCGCCACCGCAAAAUCGAGGAGCACAUCAGACGCACGGGGAGGGACUUCUUCAAGAACGAGAAAAAGCUGGAGGAGGCGCUCUCCCCAAACAGUCAGAAAGAGCGGGACAAGGAGAGGGAGCGAGACAGCAACCCCAACACCAUUUUCUCACCACGGCAGAGGAGAUACUAAAGCUUCAUAAAGGCUUUCCAGAACUCUUUUUUAAUGUAAUAAAUUGUGUUUUUUGUAUUUUGGCAAUAAUCUUUUAAGCCUAAUGUCAAAUUACAUUCAUUUCCAGGUUUUGGUGGUUUUUAACUUCAGCGUUUGGUAUAAAAAAGGCAAGUUUGCCUGAGUCUCCAUCUGUAAAAGUACUUCCUGUCAGAUCUCAUUAAUUCUGGAUGCACAAAAAGUUUUUUAUUAGCUAAAGUGCAUUAGAUUCCAAUCAUUUAUACGUUUUUAUAUAUUAAAAAAGGGUGUUGAAGUGCAAUUUCAGCAUGCCCCUUUUUACUGAUUUUUUCAAAGAGGGGUGGGGGGUUGUUAAAACAGUUUUUUAAAAAAUCUAAAGACUUAUUUUCUUUAGAAUGUUCUUGUUGAAUAAAGUUUUGAUUGAAUACAA